ACUGCGCAGAGUCAAGCACUUCCGAUGGCGGCUUCCGCUUUCAUAACAGAUGUCACCGCUGUUAAGGAGCUGCCUCUAGCAUUUUGCAGUUAAUUGAGCUGAAUUAAAGCUUGGACAAUGCCGAAAUAUUACGAGGAUAAGGAGGAGGAUACCAGGGCCUGCGCCGGUAUCAGGGAAGACUUUAAGGCAUGUCUCCUUCAGCACGACUGCGUUGUCAAGGAGGGGAAAAUGCCCAGUGAGUGUUUGAAGGAAGGCCACUGCAAAGCCCUGCAGACAUCCUUCUUUGAAUGCAAGAGAUCAAUGCUGGACACACGGUCGAGAUUCAGAGGAAGAAAAGGAUAUUAAAGAGUCCAGUGUGCACUGAUGCUGGAGGAGCAGCUGCACAGCUGGACGGACUGAGCUGAGGCGAGUCGCACCGAGUCUGAUGGACGCUUCACACCGACUGGAAGCAGCAAAGUCCAGGACUGGAGGACGAAGGCAGCACUCCUCUGGAGCUUUGAUGUGGAAGAAACGUUGAUGUGGACGAAUGAGUGUGUGUGUGUAUAUAUAUUGACAGGAUGAAUAAAUAAUGAGCCAAACAAAUAAAAUGUUGACUGUUAACAUGUUUAUAGUGCUUUAUUA